GAGAUUGUUGUGAUGUUGCAGAAAUCCGGGUUUGGAAUUGAAGACGAACAUGCGGCUCGGUUCCCAGGACCUUUGGUGCAGCUGCUGAGGGCGGGGGCGAGUACACGCGGUUUAGUCAUUGCUGGAGUUCAUUGCACGGGUAACGAGGAGCGGUCGAUUAGGAAUUGUAGCUCUAUUGGACUCGAUUUGGGAGCUGCAUGCUCCCCUUUCACUCUGUGUGGUCCAGGACUGGGGGUUUGAGAAAACGGGUUGGGGUCAUGUAUUAACCUGCAGAGCGGACUGCUGGUAUCAGAGUGAGGCCCGAAGUGCCUUGCGGCGUUGGGGAGACCAAGUCAGCUAUGUCGCCAGUUUCAGCUGCAGCCCAGGUUCCUACGUUGGUCUCCCUGUUUGACCUCAACGCGGAUGCUCCGGUCCUUCAGGGCCUGAACUUGGUGAGCCACCCUUCUGGGGAGGCUCUGGCCCAAGCUCUGCGGACUUCCUGUCCAGGUUCAGGGGAGAGCGCAAGCCCAGAAAGAAAACUCCAGGGUCUGCUGGAUAUUUCAGAAAAGUUAUUUUGUUCAACUUGUGACCAGACCUUCCACAACCACCAGGAACAGAGGGAACAUUAUAAGCUUGACUGGCAUCGGUUUAACCUAAAGCAACGUCUCAAGGACAAGCCUCUCCUGUCUGCCCUGGACUUUGAAAAGCAGAGUUCCACAGGAGAUCUUUCCAGCAUCUCAGGAUCAGAAGAUUCAGACUCAGCCAGUGAAGAGGGCUUGCAGAUUCUGGAUGAGGAGAGGGCAGAGUAUGAGAAGCCCAGCAGAGCCCAAGGCUUCCACCCCCAUCGGGUUCUUUUCCAGAAUGCCCGCGGCCAGUUCCUUGAUGCCUACCGCUGUGUCCUGGGCCCUCGCCAGGUGUCCCCAGAAGAACCAGAACUGCUGCUACAGAACCUGCAAAACGGAGGUCCCGGAUACUGUGUGGUGCUCAUGGCUGCGGCUGGGCACUUUGCUGGUGCCAUUUUUCAGGGAAGAGACGUGGUGACACACAAGACCUUUCACCGCUACACGGUGCGGGCCAAGCGGGGCACGGCCCAGGGAGUUCGGGAUGCCCGGGGUGCGGCUUCUCGUUCUGCCGGAGCCAACCUGAGGCGCUAUAAUGAAGCCACGUUAUAUAAGGAUGUUCGUGACCUGCUGGCAGGGCCGGGCUGGGCUAAAGCACUGGGGGAGGCUGGGACAAUACUGUUACGUGCCCCCCGCUCUGGCCGGUCCUUGUUCUUCGGAGGCCCUGGCGCACCCCUGCAACGGGGGGAUCCCCGGCUUUGGGAUAUCCCCCUCGCUACCCGCAGACCCACCUUCCGGGAGCUACAGCAUGUGCUCCAUAAGCUGACCACCUUGCAUGUCCACGAAGAAGACCCCCGGGAGACAGUCAGGUUGGACUCACCUCGGACACACUGGAAGACCAUGAGAGAGAAGAAGGCUAUCGAGGCAGAAAGAAAGGUCUCCAGUGAUGAAAAUGAGGCACUUGGGCAGAACGAGGAGUCUCCCAAACAGGGUUCAGGGUCGGAGGGAGAGGACAGCUUCCAGGUGGAGUUGGAGCUAGUAGAGUUGGCAGUGGGGACCCUAGAUCUUCGGGAGUUUGAGGUACUGCCAAAGCGGAGGAGGAGGAAAAGGAAUAAUAAGAAGGAGAGAAGCCGAGACCUGGAGGCUCUUCCCCAGCAAACUCAAGGAGAUGAGGCCUUCUCACAGUCCACCCAGGGACGGGCAGCCCCUGUGGGGCCUUCUCUGGAUGAGGCCAAGACCCCCAAUCAGUCAGAGCUCUGGGACAUGCUUCUAGCUGCUUGCCGAGCCGGAGAUGUUGGGAUGUUGAAACUCCAGCUAGCUGCCGGCCCCAUAGACCCUGGAGUUCUGUCUCUGCUCAGUGCCCCCUUGGGCUCCAGCGGCUUCACGCUCCUGCAUGCGGCAGCUGCAGCUGGGAGAGGCUCAGUGGUUCGCCUGCUGCUGGAGGCGGGUGCUGACCCUACUGUGCAGGACUCGAGGGCCCGGCCGCCAUAUACAGUCGCAGCUGACAAGUCAACACGUAAUGAGUUCCGAAGGUUCAUGGAGAAGAAUCCAGAUGCUUAUGAUUACAGCAAGGCUCAGGUGCCAGGGCCCCUGACGCCAGAAAUGGAGGCACAGCAGGCUCUGCGGAAAAGGGAGCAGAAGGCUGCCCGGCGGCAACGGGAAAAACAGCAGCUGCAGCAGCGGGAGCAGGAGGCGCGGGAGCAAGAAGAGCGGCAGCGCUUUGCCGCCCUCAGCGAUCGGGAGAAGAGAGCCCUGGCUGCAGAGCGCAGGCUGGCUGCCCAGCUGGGAGCCCCCACCCCUCAGGCCUCAGGCUCUGCAGUCAUCAGUGCUCAACGCUGCUGGAGUUGUGGGACAUCCCUCCAAGGCCUCAUUCCCUUUCACUAUCUCGACUUCUCUUUCUGCUCCACACGCUGCCUCCGGGAUCAUCGCUGCCAGGCUGGAAAGCCCUCUUCCUGAUCUCUUAGGGCUGCGCCUGGGGCUGACUCUGGGUCUUGAGAGGGUGCAUUCAUGCUAGCCUUAGGCUUCUUCUUUCCCAUGAAACCAGAGUGUUUGGAAGAUUAGGGAGGACACUCAGGAACCAGGGCAAAGACAGGGCCACAGAGGUGUGUGGAGCUGGUACUGUCUCUGGAACUUUAAUCAUAAUAAAGUCUGGCAAGGAAA